AUGGUUCAAGAAAAUGAUGGCAUGGAUGUUACAGAGAAACAGUUGUACCAUGGCACUCACCGAUCCACACUUGAGGCGAUAGCGAGGAAAGGGUUCGACUGGCGGCUUAGCGGCAAACAUGCCCACGAGAGAGCCACUGCAGAUCUGACCAAAACGUUCGCCCGUGACGCUAAUUGUGAAACACAUUUCAUGUUUGUAGCCAGGGUUCUUGUAGGUCGUCACACUGGGGGCAAGGCAGGGCUGAAGCGCCCGCCUCCCUUAGAUGAGAACAACCCGUUUGGCAAAAGCUACGACUCGUGUGUGGAUGACAUUUUCUGUCCACAGGUUUAUGUGAUAUUUGACAGCAACCAGGCAUACCCAGAAUAUAUAAUAGAGUACAACUGGCACAAAGGCUGA